AUGGAUAUAGAUUCGCCUCCAGAACGGAGCAAUCUCAGGCCUCUUGAUCGAAUUGUAGGGAGGCUUGCUCUCCUUGGAGUUCCUGGUGAGUAUCUUGGAAUGCUCCAAGAGGGGAUAGUUGCUUUUGCCAUUAGGAACCCUUCCCGCAUACCAGAGCUGGUAACCACCAUCUUACCUGCUGAUGAGGAAGUGGUGGAGGUACUCCAAGCUAAGGCAGGGUCUAAGAAAACUUCAGUUGAUCCUACCAUGAAAAAUAUAUUCAGGGAAAGCCUUGUUUGGCUGCAGUGGCUGAUGUUUAAGGGUGAACCUCUUAAAGUGUUGAAGAAUCUUUCUAAAAUGAGUGCCGGGCGUGGCGUUUGUGGUGCUGUUUGGGGGAAUAAUGAUAUAGCCUACAAGUGUCUUACAUGUGAAAAUGAUCCAACAUGUGCAAUCUGUGCUCCGUGCUUUCAAAAUGGGAACCACAAGGACCAUGAUUAUUCUAUUAUUUACACAAAUGGUGGUUGCUGUGAUUGUGGUGAUGUCACAGCGUGGAAACGUGUGGGAUUCUGCUCAAAGCAUAAAGGUGCGGAGCAGAUGCAACCACUUCCGGAAGAGAUUGCCAACUCCGUGGGUCCCGUCCUUGACGUCCUUCUUUCCUGCUGGAAAGACAGGCUAAUUUCUGCGGAAAAUUCUAUGGCAAGUGACCGUGCCGUUUUAUAUAAAAAGUAUGCAAAUGAGGUAACCUUUGCAAUGGUUGAGACGCUUUUAGAAUUUUGCAUGUAUAGUGAGAGUUUGCUUAGUUUUGUUUCCAAGAGGGUGAUCUCAUCGGCUGGUUUAUUGGAUAUUCUGGUGAGGGCAGAGAGGUUCUUGAGUGAAAUUGUUAUGAGGAAGCUUCACGAGCUUCUCUUGAAAUUGCUUGGAGAACCUAUUUUCAAGUAUGAGUUUGCUAAAGCAUUUUUAACAUACUAUCCCUUCAUUGUCAAUGAAGCCAUUAAAGAAAGCGGCGAUGUUUUUCUUUGGAAGUAUCCUCUGCUAUCUAGUUUAUCUGUGCAAAUCUUCACAGUGCCCACCCUUACCCCACGUCUGGUGAAGGAGAUGAACCUGCUGGGCAUUCUAUUGGGAUCCUUGGCUAGCAUUUUUGUUUCUUGUACAGGACAAGAUGGCCACUUACAGGUUUCUAAAUGGGGAAAUUUAUAUGAGGCCACCAUUCGAGUGGUUGAAGACAUUCGGUUUGUUAUGAGCCACUCUGUAGUGCCCAAAUAUGUAACUUAUAUGCAGCGAGACGUCUUGAGAACAUGGAUGAGCAUUUUGGCCUUUGUGCAAAGCAUGAACCCUUUAAAAAGAGAAACUGGCCUUCAUAUAGAAGAAGAAAGUGGCCAUGCAAAUUUGCCUUUUGGUUUAAGGCAUUCUAUUGGAAACAUUCAUUCUCUUUUGGUGGAUGGAGCAUUUUCUGACGUUAUCAGUGAAGAGACGGAUGAUGUUUUAUUUGGCACAUGUGAACCAGAUGUUGAUGAUGGAGAUCGCCUGAGGCAUGCAAAAGUAGGACGGCUGUCUCAGGAAAGUUCUGUAUGCAGUGCAAGUGGGAGGAUCAGUGCCUUCGCUUCUGGUUCAAUGGUUACUGCAUUUGAAGCUAAUUCAUUUUUUCAUCGUCUAAUUCCUUCGUCUGUAACUUGGUUGACCUUUGAGUGCUUGAGGGCCAUUGAGAACUGGCUGGGAGUUGAUAAUACAUUGGGUUCUCUAUCCAAUGUGUCAUCUCCAAAUUCUAGGAGCAUCUCUGGUGGCAAUUUUCUAGCAUUGAAGAAAACAUUAUUUAAUAUAAGAAAGGGGAAAUAUAUAUUUGGUAGAUUUACAAGUUUGGGUGAUGGUAAUAGUAGGCCAUAUUUUUCACCAUGGCUUAGCAGUUUGCAGACACAUGCGGAGACAGAAAAUUUGAGAAGUAUCGAGUGCGGUGAGAGUGAUUCAUAUGUCCAUGGUUCUGCAGUUUCUGAUCACAAUGCAAUGGAAGUAGAUUGUGAGAGAGAAGUAGAUGCCUUACAUUUUUUGAGUUUUUCUGAGUGGCCAAACAUAAUUUAUGAUGUUAGUUCACAAGAUGUAUCUAUUAACAUCCCAUUACAUCGAUUUCUUUCCAUGCUUUUACAAAGAGCGUUGAGAAGGUGUUAUGGUGAGUCUACAAUGCCAGAUAUAACUAGUGCUUGCUCUACAAAUCAAUCAUCAGCAGUCUAUAGUGACUUUUUUAAAUAUGUGCUUGGGGGUUGCCACCCAUACGGAUUAUCUGCUUUUAUUAUGGAGCAUCCGUUACGGAACCGGGUAUUUUGUGCUCAAUUUCAUGCUGGAAUGUGGAGGAAAAAUGGGGCUGCUGCUGUUCUAUCUUAUGACUGGUACAGAUCAGUGCGCUGGUCAGAACAGGGCUUAGAGCUUGAUCUAUUCCUUCUGCAGUGCUGUGCUGCAUUGGCACCAAUCGAUCUUUUCGUCAGUAGAAUUGUGGAACGAUUUGGACUGUCAGAUUAUCUUUCUCUGAAUGUGGAACGACCCAGCGAGUAUGAACCAGUUUUAGUGCAGGAGAUGCUGACUCUAAUUAUACAGAUUGUUCAAGAACGGCGAUUUUCUGGCCUAACAAAAGCUGAAAAUGUGAAAAGAGAGUUGAUUCUUAAAUUAGCCAUCGGAGAUGCCACCCGCAGUCAACUGGUGAAAUCCUUGCCUUGUGAUUUAUCCAAGUUUGAGAAGUUCCAGGAGAUUUUGGAUACUGUUGCAGCCUACUCUAAUCCAUCUGGCAUUAAUCAGGGAAUGUAUUCAUUGCGGUGGGUAUACUGGAAAGAACUAGAUCUGUACCAUCCUCGUUGGAACUCAAGGGAUCUGCAAUUCGCAGAAGAAAGAUAUACACGCUUCUGUAGUGUAUCUGCAUUCACUACUCAGCUGCCAAGGUGGACAAAGAUAUUUCCUCCUCUCAAUGGUGUAGCUAGAGUAGCAACUUGUAGAACAGUCUUCAAAAUUGUUCAUGCUGUGUUAUUCUAUGCUAUUUUGAGUGAUAAAUUAAGUGAGAAGCGUGUUCCUGAUAGUGUUCUUCUGACUGCAUUGCACUUGCUCUCAUUGGCUUUAGACAUAUGUAUUCAGCAGAAGGAAUCAAUCGAGAAGCCGUCUUAUAUUCAGGAUUCAGCUCCAAUUCUUGCUUUAGCUUGUGAAGACACUUGUAACGGAUUGAAUUCUUGUAAUGGGGACCAAAGUCUGUUGUCACUUCUUGUUUCAUUAAUGAGGAUGCACAAUAAAGAAAAUGUGUCGAAUCUUUUGGAAGCAGGAAAUUGUAACCUUUCUGCUCUAGUUGAAAGUUUGUUGAAGAAGUUUGCGGAGAUUGAUACGGGAUGCCUGACCAAACUGCAGCAACUUGCGCCUGAAAUAGUGAUUCAUUUAUCAAAAACUGUUUUGAGCGAGGAAAAAGCUAUGUUGACAUCAGCUUCUGAUAGUGAGAAACGAAAGGCUAGAGCUCGAGAAAGGCAGGCUACAAUAUUGGAAAAAAUGAGAGCUGAACAGUCCAAAUUCUUGUCAUGCAUGAAUUCCUCUGAAGAUGAUGGUUCUACUUCUGAAACAGAAGCAAGUAACUCUGAUGUUGGACAAGAUUUGGAAAAAUCUGGGCAAGAUGUAUGUUCUCUUUGCCAUAAUACGAAUUCCAGAAGUCCUUUAUCUUUCCUGGUUCUUCUACAGAAAUCUAGGCUUCUGAGCUUUGUUGACAUAGGUCCCCCGUUGUGGGAUCAAGUUUUUGGUUCAGACAAGGAGCAUGUCGUUGUAACUACUAACAGAAUGUCCGAUCAAAAAACUAUUAACAGGGUGAUUGAUAACUCUGGAAUAAAUUUUUUGUCAAGUGAGUUGGGAAUGAUUUCGUCUGCUCAGUUGGCACAGUUUGUAGAGUAUUCCAUCAAUGAAUUUUCCGCUUAUGGUCAUCCUGAGGAAGUAAUUGCUAUUCUUGAAUAUGUCAAGGCCGUGUUUCCUAAUGUUGGAAACAUUCAGGUGCCAUGCUUGUCUAAUGAUGAAAGGGAUAGAGGCAUAGAUACCCUUGACACACUGGAACAAAAUACAUAUGUUUCCAUCCGUAGAAAUAUGUGUGAUAGCAUGCUGAAUGAGACACUUCCUGCGGCUGAGCAUGGUGGUCUGGGAGUAAGCAAGAAUGCUGAUUCUGUUUUAGUUGGAAAAUAUAUGGCUGCUCUUUCUGGAGAGAUGACAGAAUAUCCUUCAGCUUCUGAAAAUGCUCAAAAUGAUAUGGUGCCAGUAGAAUCUACCUUGGAGGUUCGAGCAUAUGAUGGAUUUGGUCCUGGAGAUUGUGAUGGGAUUGUUAUGUCGUCCUGUGGGCAUGCUGUCCAUCAAGGAUGUCUUGAUAGUUAUUUGUCCUCGGUGAGGGAAAGAUAUGUCAGAAGAAUUGUCUUUGAAGGAGGGCAUAUUGUGGAUCCAGAUCAGGGGGAGUUUCUCUGCCCUGUAUGUCGUCGACUGGCAAAUUCUGUUUUGCCUGCCUUUCCUGGGGAUUUCCGCAAGGUCUUGAAGCAGCCUAUGCUUUCAACUGUUGACUCAUCCAUUGUUCUAGGCUUGUCAGCUACAUCAGUUGAGGAAAAUGAAACCCUAUUGCUUCGUCAAGCUUUGUCACUCUUACAAUCUGCUGCCAUAGUGGUUGACCAGGGUGAAAUUUUGAAAGCUUUUCCACAGAAAAAAAGUGAAAAGAUGGAGCCCAAUAUCGAACGUGUCUCUCGCCUCCUUGUCAAAAUGUAUUUUCAAAACAAAUAUGACAAAUUUUCAGGUUCUUCAAGGGUAAGCCACUCAAUGAUUUUGUGGGACACAUUGAAAUACUCUCUUAUUUGUUUGGAGAUUGCUGCUCGUUGUGGAAAGACUAGUCUGAGUCCAGCCUAUGGCAUUGAUUCCUUGUACAAGGAACUCAAAUCUUCUAGCGGGUUUGUAUUAUCGCUGUUACUCAGAAUUGUCCAAAGCCUUAGGAGUCAGAAUUUUCUCCAUGUGCUUCAAAGGUUUAGAGGAAUUCAGCUGUUUGCAGACUCUAUUUGCUCAGGCAUUUUGCGGGAUUAUCCUGAUCGGAAAUUUGGGCGAGGAGGUAGGAUGUUAUCUAUCUUAAAGUAUCCGGAGGAUGUAUUACUUCCUGAUGUACAGUUCUGGGAUUGUGCGUCAGAACCUAUCCUUGCUCAAGAUCCAUUUUCGUCAUUGAUGUGGGUUAUCUUUUGUCUUCCAUGCCCUUUUAUAUCAUGUGAGGACUCAUUAUUAUCCCUUGUGCACAUGUUUUAUGCUGUCUCUGUAGCUCAGGCCAUAAUAACAUAUUGUGCAAGAUAUCCAGACAAGAUUAGUGCAGAAGUUUUUCGUGAUUGCCUGAUUGCUGACAUUUCCAAAGCUUUGGGAGAAUCCAGAUGGGUUCAGCAGUAUUUUGUUUCAAAUUAUAUUGAUUCUGGUUACGAUGUUGCCGACACUAUUCGAAAAUUGAGUUUCCCUUUCUUACGGAGGUGUGCGUUGCUGUGGAAAUUACUGAAGUCUUCUGUCUCAGCACCAUUCUGUGAGAGUGAUUAUGCUGCAGAUGGAUUUUGUCACGACAUUAUUGAGAAAACAGAGAGCACGGCUGGUGAGUUGGUGGAUCUUAAUAAGGUUAAGGAGCUGGAGAAGAUGUUUAAGUUUCCCCCAUUGAAUGCUAUUCUCAAGGAUGAAAUGCUACGGUCCUUGGUUAAAAAUUGGUUAAAUCAUUUGCGCAGUGAGUGUGAGGAUUAUGGUUUUCAAUUUGUUCUACAUUGCACACCUGCAGUUCCAUUCAAGUUAAUGCGCCUUCCUCAUCUUUACCAGGACCUAUUGGAAAGGUAUGUAAAACAAUGUUGCUCUGACUGCAAAUCUGUUCUUGAUGAGCCUGCAUUAUGCCUGUUCUGUGGUAGAUUGUGCUCACGAAACUUGAAGCCCUGCUGCAGGAAAAGUGGAUGCCAAACUCAUGCAAAGUCUUGUGGUGCCGGAACUGGUGUGUUUCUUUUGAUAAGGAGAACUACAAUUCUUCUACUAAGGUCUGCCCGUCAGUCUCCUUGGCCGUCACCCUACUUAGAUGCAUUUGGUGAAGAGGACAUCGAAAUGCAGCGCGGAAAGCCACUUUACCUGAACGAAGAGCGUUAUGCAGCUCUAACACAUAUGGUUGCUUCUCAUGGCCUUGACCAAAGCUCAAAGGUUCUUGGUCAAACAACCAUUGGUACUUUCUUUCUGGAUUAGCGUGGAUAAGAAGCUCGUUGAAGGUGGCAAAAUUUUCCGAAUCACAUUCUUAAAGAGUAAACAAUGAUUCUCGGAGGCUCAGUUAUCAAAUUUUAUGAUUAUGUCAGAGUAGCAAAGGUCCUCAUGUAUGGCUGGAUAACUGGUGCAUUCAGGUACUGCAGAGAUAACAGAUCAUUUGUGAAUUUCAGGAACUUGCGGGUCUUUUUGAACGAGCUUUAGGUGGAAUUUCCUAUGACAAACUGGAUAUAGCUUGUGAACUUAAGGAGAAGGUAAUCAAGUACUGCUGCAUCAAAUACUGGACGUGACUGUGAAUUAGAUUGAUUGUAUAAACUGUGUAAUGGGAGUUUGUCGACAAACAGCUUGAUGCACCUCAAUUAGAGCCAUACGAGGAUUUUUCGUUUAUUUAUAAUCACACGAGUGAUGCUAAUAUUCUGCAAACAUUAUGCAAAAAGCUAGAAUUGAGGGAUGCUGAAGACCUUAAACAAGAGUCGUUAGCUUUGGAGAAGAUGUGUAUUAAUACUACUGGAGAUUUGCGGGAAGGUAUGUAAGAAAGGUAUAUGAUGCUCAAGAAGUAUGAAGAAUUAUUGCAAGCAGAAGGUGUCGUCUUAAUAAUUUAACAUUAAUAUUGAUAAUUUUGUCUCAACUUAAACCUCCCUUCGUAUUGCAGACUUAUGUGCGAUAUUGCAUCAAGCAGUGGCUUGAAACAUGACAUAAAACAUGUCCGAAUUAACGGCAGAUUGUUGGUGUGGAUUUGAAAACAAAAAUGUGUUCACAUACUUCUAUGUGUUGUGGUGUUUCAAAAUGUUUGUGGUGUCAUUCUGGUAAACGUUCACGAGAUUACAACACGUCCACUAGGGACACCUGUGCUAAAUGCAACCGUGAUUCCUAAAUCAGUGAGUUAGUUUUGUUAGUGUGUUUUUGUUUUCUUUUGCUCGAGAACUAGCAAAAACUUAAGUUUGGGGGUGUUUGAUAGCAUGAAAUAUCUAUAUAAGUUAUGCACUUUUAAGUUAGGUUUUUGUUGAGUUUUUUUUAUGGAACUUGGUAUAUUUCAUGCCUGUAUGUUGUCUUUUGCAGUGCAUUGAGCUUUAUAGUUGAUUUUGGAGAAAAUCAUUGAUAUUUGGGCAUUUUUGGAUCAAGAAAUUAAAGGAAGAAACCAGCAAUGCAGAUUUCGGCCGCUCAAGCCAAUGCUUGAGCUGGAGUAUGUAGACCAUUUGAGCGGAUGCUCAAGCUAAAACAUUAAUGGAAUUGAACUCCGUUCAAUCUGGUGUUCGAGCGGUGACGUGGCUGACCCAUGUUUUUAUCCUAUUUCCCAUCUAAUAUAAAAAGGGCAUUUGGGAUAAAAAUCAAAUUAUCUUUGAACGGCAACUGCUUUUUGAGAGAGACCGAAGAGUUUGCAACAGAUAAAAUAUUGUAGGGAGAAGAAGCAAAGAUUGGAUUGAAGCUUACCUUCAACUAGUUUUCUUUCUUUCUCCUUUGAUUUAUUUUUCCUUGGUAGUUUCUUAUGAGAUCUUUGAAUAUGAUAGAUUGUAUCAAGUUUAGCAUGAACUAAACCAUUUUGCUAAGGCUACGAUGUAGCCGAACCAUGAUGAUUCGGAUUAUUGAUUUAUAUUAUUGAAUUGAUUAUCAA